GCAUGCUCAACGUGUAGAAUAAAAACUAGGAUGUUUUGUGGACGAUUUAGAAUAUGUUUUAGAUCUUAUAAACGUUCCAAAUGAUGUGAUGAUGGUUGUGGAAAGUUGGAUCAUCAAUUUUGAUUGUUAUCUUUUGAAAAGAUAAAAUGAGGGCUUUAGCAGUAACAGUAUGGGUAUUUAUAAACCUUCUUUUCUUCGGAAUGUGCGGCUACAUGUACCUACUUUGGUCCCAAUACUGGUUAAAUUCAGAUAAAGACCUAGAAUCGUCCACAAACAAUUACGACCAACAAAUCUACCUAUACAAUCGAGGUUUUCUCGUAAACGAUUCGUCAAAAUACGACGAUACAAGCACGUCAGAGAUUAAAAAUCGCAUAAAACACUCAUCUUCAAGCAUCGAUAACAUUACAGUUGUAAGAAAUAGUAAACCGAGGUUUCCAAAUGUUCAGAAAUCUGAGUUUAUAUUCGAUUCGAAAAAAUUUGUUUGUAAAUCGAACGAUUCGAAAAUAGCUUGUAACGAAAAAACGCAAUCAUUUAAAGAUAAAUUGAUUAACGAGAUGAAAAGGGUGUUCUUGGAUGAGGGUAACGUUUUAAAACCUGGUGGUAAAGAUAAUAGUUACAACGUAAAUUAUCAAGGGCCGAGGGAAAAUUACAUGGAAAAAAGUCAAAAUCAUAUGCUUUGCGAAUUGAGGAAUGUUAAAAUUGAUACUAUACAAAGAAGAGAUGUUCCAAGUAAAUUAAAUUCAUUCAAAGGAUAUUUUCCGAAUAAAGGAAUUUUUGAGGAUGUUCAAUUUAAAUCUUGUGCUGUUAUUUCUAGCGCUGGAUCUUUUACUUUAUCGGGAAGUGGAAGAAGAAUUGAUUCUUAUGAAGUUGUAUUAAGAUUUAAUAAUGCACCAACGAAAGGAUUUGAAAUUGACGUUGGUCAAAAGACUACAAUACGAAUUGUUAACUCACAAGUGAUGUCAAAACAAGAAUUUGAUUUUUUAAGAGCUGCCGUCUUUCGAAAUGUAACGAUAUUAGGUUGGGAUCCGUCAAAUUAUACGUCCACUGUUGAAGAAUGGUUUCAAAAUCCCGAAUACAAUCUAUUUCCGAAUUAUAUCGGCUAUAAAAGAAUGUUUCCUGAAAGUGAAAUUUACAUAAUGAAUCCACAAUCAAUUUGGAAGGUGUGGGACUUUUUGCAAAGUAAUUCACCAAAUCGGCUUAGAAGAAACCCACCAUCAUCCGGAUUUUUAGGUAUAACUCUUCUUCUUUCGCAUUGUGAUUUUGUCGACGCCUACGAAUACAUUCCAUCGGUUCGAAUAACAAAAAGAUGCCAUUAUUAUGAACCAGAGAAUAAUCAAGCUUGUACCUUUGGUGUUUGGCAUCCUUUAGCAGCCGAAAAAUUGCUGACAUAUUAUAUGAACGAGGCUGAUGAUCGGACUGUUUUUCAAGAUGGUUACGUUCGAAUUCCUGGAUUUAAUAAACUCAACUGUUAAAAAAAAUCAUCAUCGAGGAAGCCAUCGAUUUUCAAUGUUAAAAGAAAAAACGGUAUUGUUUUGGUUUUAAUAAUAGUAGAAUAAAUGGUGUUU